AUGCCCAGCCACCUCUUCUCUCUCAUUGACGCACAGUCACCGGUGACCGUAGCCAGCUGGAACGCCAUCGUUGUCCACCCAGGCGAAGAUGGCUGGUCCGUGUUGGGGAGGACACUCAGAUGGAUGAUAGUGAUGGUUGCCCCCAUGUCCAUCAACGCACGGCAUCUGAUGCCCUCUACCACGCAGUCCACGUAUAAGCCUUGCUCUUCACCCAAAUGGCCCAACCGAAGGGGCAACACUGGAGGGACUCUGCUGGAGGUCUCGGGUGGUGCUGCCCACUUGGCAUUUCCUGAUGGCUGGGCUGUGGCGCUGUGGCGUUGGUGGAGCCUGCCAUGUUGCCCGUCCUCCCAUGGCUGUGGUAUCUUGAGUCCCCUGGUGCGGGCCACGAUGAAGGCGAGUGAUGCGCUCUGCCAUGUCCCCCGGGUUGGGGAGUCUGGGAGUGUUGGAUUGUUGGAAAAUGAUACUGGAUUCACAUUCUCAUUGGCAUAUUGUAACUCGUCCUUAUUUCUUUUCACAGGAAUCAGAGGUCGGCCGGGCUUGCCUGGACUAAGAGGUCCACCAGGGCCAAGAGGUACAAUGAGUAGAGGUACCCCAGGUUUGCCUGGAUCAGGUGGUCACCCGGGACUACCGGGGGUGUCCUAUGUGGGAAGGCCAGGAAUACCAGGAAGUCCAGGAGCAAAAGGUGAAGGAGGACUCUGUGGAGAAAUGGGUGACGUAGGUCCUCUGGGAUUACAAGGAGAAGAAGGUGAACAGGGACCGCUCGGCGCUCCCGGUGUGAAUGCGCUCCCACAAGGUGGCAGAUCAGGUUCCCAAGGGCCACCAGGAUCUCCAGGACCCAAAGGAAAAAGCGGAGUCAGCGGAGAACCAGGGCAGCCGGGUUCUCGUGGAGAAAAAGGGAACAUCGGGAUUGGCCUUCCAGGAAGAAAGGGAGAGAAGGGUUACCCGGGGCCACAGGGGAUUUCAGGACCUCGUGGAGAAGGAGUUGAAGGGAUGCCAGGUGUCCCUGGCACUGUUGGGACUGUGGGAGAGAAAGGUGAUGUGGGAAACUCUGGUGAACCCGGUAUCCCUGGGCUGCCUGGUGAAAGAGGAGUACGAGGUCCUCCAGGGAUCUCAGUAUCAAUAGCAGGAGUAAAUGGAAGACAAGCAUUUGCUGGGCUUCCUGGGAUAAAAGGUCCUCCUGGUCCAAAGGGUGUCAGGGGUAAACCUGGGUCACCAGCACUUGGAGGACCAGGGUUACUGGGUAUCAAGGGUGAUCCUGGCCCUUGGGGCUUGAACGGUAAUCCUGGCGAGAAAGGGGAUCCAGGAGUAGAUGGACUAUUUGGUUUUGCGGGGCCCAGAGGAGCUCCAGGGCUCAUAGGUCCAGUGGGAGAGCAGGGACUUCCAGGCCCAACUGGCUAUCCUGGGCUUUCGGGAGAUCCUGGGGAAAUCGGGCUGCAGGGACUCCCUGGGUUACCGGGUGAGGAAGGACCAUCAGGAUAUCCUGGGAUAGCAGGAAGUCGAGGAGAAGAAGGUACCCGAGGCCCACAGGGACAACGAGGACCACCUGGUCCACAAGGCGAUAAAGGAUCCAGUGGUAUUCUUGGCGAGUUAGGAAUAAAAGGCCUUCCUGGUUUUCGAGGGCCUAAAGGUCAACAAGGUGCUCGAGGAUCGGAGGGACCUCGUGGAAAUAUUGGUGAUCGGGGUGUAUUUGGGCCUGGAGGUCUUCCAGGGCUAAAAGGAUUGCGAGGGGACGCAGGACCACCUGGGCUUUCAGGCCAACCCAACCUUUCUCAGUUUGGAAUUCUGCUGGAGGAAGCAAAUGGUAGUGUGGAAAUAUGGGGAUCACCAGGACCUCAAGGCCCUCAGGGCCCCUCUGGCCCACCAGGACCACCGGGUCCACCAGGGCCAGCUGGAGAAACAAAUACAUUGUCCAACACUGACCCUAAUUUGCAGCGGAUCUCAGGAGCGUGUAAUACUGGUCAAGGCUUUAAAGCCACUCUGUCUACCCCGUACCCAAGAGCAGGAUCACCCAUAGCUUUUGACGGAAUACAAUACAACGAAGCCAAUACCUAUGAUCCAGAGACAGGAAUUUUUACAUGUCAAAUACCUGGCAUCUACUAUUUCUCCUAUCACAUCCAUGUCAGAGACAGAAGUGUUCAAAUUGGAUUAUAUAAGAAUGGCAAACCAAUCCUGUACACGUAUGAUGAUUACAAAGGCAGAAAGAUUGACCAUGCCUCAGGGAGUGUGGUACUCGAGCUUCAAGAAGUCGAUAAAAUAUAUUUACAAUUGCCUUUAGAAAAGUUUGAUGGUUUGUAUUCUUCCAGUUUAAUGCAGUCGUCCUUCUCAGGAUUUCUGAUUCACCGAACCAACCCAAUGUAA